GUAGGAUUUUAUGUUUUGUUGAACGGAUUGUUAUCUUCUAUUUUCAUACAUGGCAGCUGUAAUAACACAUAUAAUGGGACUGAUGUCUGCUUCCAAGAACAUUGCAUGACUAAUUAAUUUAAUUCUAUUUAUACUGCUUUCUUUGGCUGGCAGACUCGUGUUUUUUUCUCAACAACUUUUGGUCUUUCCAAAGUUUCUCCAUUCUAGUCUUGCUAUAUAUUCCCUCUUUCAUCCCUCCCAAAAGGAAAGUUCAGAUCUUUUGAGUGCUAAUAUUUGGAUCUUCAAUCCAUAUAAAUACUGUAGCCUCUUGAAAAUUGCUUUGCUAUUGACAUAAAAAACCCAUAUUGGACUAUUGCAUUAUAUUGUCUGCAUUUAAGCAACAAAACAAUUAAGUGGUGUACUUAUUAAUAAGCAUGGGAACUAGUGAACAAAUCCAUCCUGCAAACGAAGCUUCUACAGAAGGACUUCCAUCACUUAUCAGAUUCAUUAGUUCUGAAAUGGAUAAUGACUUUGAUAGCAUAGUGAAUGACCAUAUUAGAAAUCAGACUGAACCUGCACCAGAUUCUCACCCUCUGAACUCAUCAAUUAUGAUAUCUGAAGCUGCUGCUGGUGAGCAAGAGAGCGACAGAAUUCAUGCAGUUUCCAUUAGCAUGCCACCAACUCCAAAAAAAGUUGGCUUCACUGAUAACAAUGAGACUAUAGAUACUCCUGGGUUUGCUGCUACAUCAACAGAUCAGAAGCAAACAAAGUUUUAUUCUCAGCCUAUGCCAAGAGCUACUACUACUACUGCAUCUUCAGCUGGAGCUACUGCAAGCGGCGAACUUCCUAGGCAUCCCAGGAUUAGCAAGCUUAAGGACAAAAGAUUUGACAGUUUCAAAACAUUUUCUGGUAGGCUUGAGAGGCAAUUCUCGAAUUUGCGUGGGAAUAAGCACCACGAAACAGAAGAAGAGUCCAUCUCUCAACCCAGUGCUGAACCGGAAGCUAACACUCCUAUUAAUAUUCCUGUGGACCGCUAUUUUGAUGCCUUGGAGGGGCCAGAACUUGACAAGCUCAGGGCUUCUGAGGAAAGUAUACUUCCAGAGGACAAGACAUGGCCAUUUCUACUCCGUUACCCUAUUUCAUCGUUUGGUAUUAUUCUUGGCGUUAGCAGCCAAGCUAUAAUGUGGAAAGCCUUGGCCACUUCUGCCUCGACCAAAUUCCUCAACAUAAGCAUGGACGUAAACCUCGUGCUCUGGUUCAUCUCUGUUGCACUGAUGGUCAUUGUUACUUUAACUUAUGCACUGAAGAUCAUUUUCUACUUUGAAGCAGUUCGUAGAGAGUACUACCACCCGAUACGUGUUAACUUCUUCUUUGCUCCAUGGAUAGCACUUCUAUUCUUAGCACUUGGACUUCCACCUUCAAUCUAUCAAAACCUUCCUCAUGCUUUAUGGUAUGUCCUUAUGACCCCAUUCUUGUGUUUAGAGCUCAAGAUUUACGGGCAAUGGAUGUCUGGUGGUCAACGAAGGCUCUCAAAGGUAGCCAAUCCAUCAAAUCAUCUCUCAGUUGUGGGGAAUUUUGUUGGUUCCUUGCUUGGUGCAUCCAUGGGACUAAAAGAAGGGCCAAUUUUCUUCUUUGCUGUUGGAUUGGCUCAUUACACUGUUCUGUUUGUAACUCUCUACCAAAGACUUCCAACAAAUGAGACACUUCCAAAAGAGCUUCAUCCUGUGUUCUUUCUAUUUGUUGCUGCCCCUAGUGUUGCUUCUAUGGCAUGGGCAAAUAUCCAAGGGUCCUUCGAUUAUGGAGCUAGGAUUGCAUACUUCAUUGCCUUGUUCCUUUAUUUCUCGCUGGCCGUUCGCAUUAAUUUCUUCAGAGGCUUCAGGUUCUCAUUGGCUUGGUGGGCUUACACUUUUCCGAUGACCGGAGCUGCUAUUGCCACCAUCAAAUACUCAAUCAUGGUUAACACCAUUGUGACAAAAAUUCUGGUUGUCAUACUUUGCACUCUUUCUACACUCACAGUGACAGGACUGCUUGUGACCACCAUCAUUCAUGCCUUUGUUCUGAGAGACCUCUUUCCAAAUGACAUUUCUAUUGCAGUUAGCGAAAGGAAGCCUAAAGCACAUCGACGAUGGUACCAUCAUAGAAGAGCUGGUAGCACAGAUAUUGAUCAAUUCCUUAAGUAUGCAGAUUCUGCUGAAGCCAAAGAUAUUGAAGCAGCUCUCUCUAGCAUAGAAUUAAGCACCUCUGUUACAAAAGAAGUUAGUCAAGAUUGAGCGAUUGAUACUCGUUCAGCUCGAUGAUGAUCCUGUAUUGUAGCUUGCAUCAUUCGUAAAACUAUAUGCUUUAAUUAAUCAAGUGAGGAUGAUAUCCUGUGAACUUGAUGUAAGAGAAGGCAGAUGAAGGGUCUUGUAAAAAGAUGUGAAGCACAAAGAGAGAUGCAAGGGGACGAAUGUCGUUCCAAGUUUGAAAGUUUUCCUUUUUGUAUAAAGUGUUUGAGAUGAGUAUCUAUAAUAAAAGGGUCAAUAUCUUUUUCACCUCUGA